UUGUUCUACAAUGAACCGCUACGUAGCACACUCUAUUUAAAGAGGGCGUCAUAAUACACUUGCAUUGCCAUCGCAGAACUGGCUUAACGAUGGAACCACAACCAAGUAAGGAUGGAGGAACUUACCACUAUACCACAGUUGUAGACCUUACUCCUCAUCUACGAAAUUGAACAAUACGUGUCAUGUUGUUGGAGCAUUUUGUUGAAAGAACUUCAACCAAAACCGGGCACAACUACAAGCGCUACGUCUUCAUAAAUGCGCAGGGCACAAAGCUACAAGCCUGCGCGUUCCACCAUGACAUUGUGAAGCUAGAUGGAUGCCUCCAUCUGUUUGAGACCUACGAAAUCUUCGGAGCAAUGUCAAAACCAACCAAUAGGUAAAAAUGUCAAAACCCGAUCAGCAUGUUCGUGGGUCGACCAGAGUUUUCCCGCUAUGCUACUUUGUCAAAGCAUCUGGAGGGCAAGCAACUAAUAGACAUACUCGGAGUCGUGAUCGAUGUUACCAGCACACAACAAAAGGGCCCUAACAAACUACGGGAGAUUAUCAUAGUGACGGAAGAGUAAAUUAAAUAUGCUUAUUAUUGUAUCUAUUAAUACGCUGCAUUUGGAUCUGCUAUACAAAACAUAGGUGGGGUCCCUAUAGGAAACUUGCCACUAAACUAACUUUGUGGAAUGACCUGGUGGGAGCGGAAGGUGGCCUGCUUGCAACGCUUCUCUAAGAGAGGCCAGUUAUUUUGGCAAAGAGCAUCCGGGUCACAAUGUUGCAAGGAAUAUCGUUGUCGGCUUCAACUAUGUCAAACAUUCUUAUUGACCCUCCCUAUGCAGUAGCCCGUGAUCUUGAUAACUGGAAAAGAGAAAAUAGUGCACAGAUAGAUGACCUGAUUAAGCAUUUAGUCUUGUCCAACGACAAAAGUGGGCUACCCACAUCUCCGUGUUCAUUACAAUCAAUCAAAGAACUCAAAGAUGCAAAGCAAGGAGAGCACAGCCUCGUCGCAGGCUUUCAAAUAUGCAUUUCUCCUCAAAUCAAGCUCUCAUACAGUGCCUCCUCAAAUUGCCACUGUGCAACAAUAACGCCUAUACUUGACCGUUUCACUGCUUCCGCUGCGCAAUUGUCCAAAUCUCUACACCUAGGUACAUGGUCAGCUUAGACCUCAUCGACGAUACUGGAAAGAUUAACUGCGUUGCAUACGAAGAUGUUGCGUACGAUCUGCUCGAUUGCGACGCAGCAUCACUUGAAAGCAAAGGCAACCACGUAAGCAAUUACUCAGCACAAUAUCCAUGCUCUGUAGCACUCUUCAUUUUAUACCUGAUUUAACAUC